AGCUAACAAGUAGGAAGAGAGAGCGAGAAAGCGAGAACGCUCCUUUCGGUGAAACUAUGUGAUCCGGAAUCAAACACAAAAAAACGAUCACGUUCCAGCUUCACAUUCGGCCAAUAGGAGCGAUCGCCAUUUAGGCUAACGAGCAAACAGUAUUACGACGUGACGAGGGCCCGCAGACCAACAGGCGGCAGUCAGCCAAAAACCAGCACUCCAAAAAUACGACAAAAUCCGAAAAUGUCACGUGCCAAGUCGCGCAUACAGACGGACGUGUGCGGAGACUGUGGCAGCACGGAUCCUUCCUGGGCGUCCAUCAAUCGGGGCAUUCUGCUGUGCGCCGACUGCUGCUCGGUUCAUCGCAGCCUCGGGCGGCACAUUUCGCAGGUGAAAUCCCUUCGCCAGGGCAGCUGGCAGGCGUCGGUGCUGAGCUUCGUCAAUCAACUGAACGCCCACGGAGCGAACAGUGUGUGGGAGCAUCUGCUGCUCGAUUCGGUGGCGCCGAAAAAUCUGAAACGCAAACCGACCCCCAAGGAUGCGGUUCACCCGACGAAGACGGACUUUAUCCGCGCCAAGCACGUCCAGCUGACGUACGUGCUGAAGCCGAGCUUUCAGGUGGACGAAGGCAGCAGCCUUGAGCAGGAGCUGAGCAAACAACUGCACGCCAGUGUCCGGGCGAGCAAUCUCGAAACAUCACUCCGGCUGCUGGUGCAGGGUGCCGAUCCGAAUUUCUACCAUGAAGAGAAAGGCUCGACACCGUUGCACGUGGCGGUGAAAUCCGGCCAGCUGUCGCAGAUCGAGUUGCUGCUAGUGUAUGGAGCCGACGUGAACGCUCUGGACGCGCAGAACCGCACACCACUCGAGCUGGCUCGCCAUGCCAAACAAUCGAUCAUCGCGGACCGGCUUCUGGAGGCUGUUUACGAGGUGACGGAUCGGUUGACGCUAUACUUGACUGGCAAGAAACCCAACCACGCGGCCGGUCAACAUCUGCUGCUGCCGGACCAGUCGAAGAAGGAAAUGAGCGAACAGCUAAAGAUUGCCCGCGGCAAACUUCAGCUGGUACCGAACCGAAUGUUCGAGGAGCUGGUUAUGGAUCUGUACGAUGAAGUGGAUCGCCGGGAAACGGAAGCAAUCUGGGCGACCAGCGCCCUCAACCCGGAGUCCGGUGCCGUACCGUUUCUUCCGACCAACCCACAUCUCAGUGCCACCCGGAAUCAGGGACGACAAAAGUUGGCUCGCUUCAGUCAGCCCGAGUUUGCUGGCCUGCUGAUGGACGUCCUGCUCGAUGCGCAUCGUCGGCAGAAUAUGGCCAACCUGCGGCCCAUCGAUGGUCCGCUACCGAUUGGGCUUGGUACCGGUCUGCUCAAGACCGAAGGAGGUGCCCGGGAAUCGAACCUCUCCGACGAUGAACCACUCUACGAUGCUGUCGCUUCGGAUGAUGACUACGCGGCGCUCGCUCCGGUGGCGCAACAGGCGCUGGUGAACAAAUCGUCCCCGGCGGCUGUCUCCAACGUGGAGGUGGAAACAUUGCGCCAGCGAAUACAGGACCAGGAGCUGACCAUUCACGAACUGCGCACCAUGAUUCAACGAUUGGCGUCGGAGAACAAUCAACUAAAGUCCCACAUCGACUCGAAGGAGCACGAAGUUCAACUCCGUAUCGAUACGUAUCUGAACGGAUCCGGAGCCAGUGACCCGACCUCGACAAACCCAGUCCAGCCUGAGGUUAGUGGUGGGGCAGACAGUGCACAACCACCUAAUGCGUCGUCAACGGUGGCCGCCGGGUACACGAAGCGACCGGUGAGCAUGUACGAAGCGCGCCAGGCACCACGGGACGAAAGUCGACCGCCUAUCACGCAAAGCCUCUACUCGAUGGCCCCGGUGCCAGGAAGUCCGGAGUGUGCUGCCACCGGUCAGCCGCUGCCGUCGUUCGACGAAGUGCAACGCAGAACCGAUCUGGUGGUGCGGCGUAUCAAGGAACUGUUCGCGGCCAUGAAGGACCGGACGCAGCGGGAAGCGUUCGUUCCGUGUGCCGAACGGAUACGUUUGGCGGUCGUGGACCUGAUGAGCCUCUUCCCGAGCACACUCAUCGCCAGCGAAUCGUUGCGUGGUGCUCUGCAGCAGCUAAACUUUCAUGCGAAUCUGAUCCAGGCCGAGUGCGCCCGGUUGCAGCAGUGUUUGGCCUUCGACAUGGUGGGUGCUCCAAUGAACGGUGCCGCCGGGAAGGGAAUGCUUGAGGGGAUCGAGCAAAACAUGGAACAGGUCCGAGGCUGCGCCUAUGACCUCGCAAUGUCAACGAAAAUUCUCAUCACCCACCUGCAGCAGUCCUCGUAGACACGGGUAGGGCAUUUUCGCGCCAAACAUCGAAUACCGGGCGUGCCGUAGGCAGCUAGAGGAACGGAAUCAGCGCAUUUCCGUACAGUAUUUUCAGUGCAGUCCUUCCCCGUUAACGGAGACCUCGCGCUGCUGACUGGUUCCGAUGCAAUUAUUACAUUAAGUUGUCACUGAAGUUUCUUCCCGCGCAAUACUACCGAAACAAGUUGUACUAAUGUUUAACACAGCCCCCCGAAUCGAAAGUGCCAAAUGGAACGGAACGGGACAGGUUUACUUGCAAGCAGAAUUUUAGAAAACUUUACACUAACAGGGCCGACUAAAUGUUGCAAUCGAUUCGUUUUAGGAGGAGCGUGACAGAGUUGAUAUUCAUCUUGCCAUUGCGGGAAGCCUUCUUUACGAGCGCUCGAAAGGCACACCUAACGCGAUACGAUUAUUGACCAUCUAUAUUUAACUCCUACGAGGCGGAACAGAUUGUUAUAAACGUGUUACAACCUAAACAAAGCAAACUAAAUCCCAGAACCAGCAUUGACCGCCAGUGCGUGACCAUCAUAGGGCCACACGGAAGGGAGGGCCACGGAAUGCUUUAGAAGUAGCCAUCUUAUCGGCUUCCCUGUUUGCCGUUGAUUUUGAAGAGAACUUUUAUCCGAAGAGCCUUAAUUGAACAAUAAUAGAGUUAUUUAUAAUCUACUGCAAACUAUACGACAACUAAACAUU